AUGGCGGAGACGGACGCGCCGGGGGCCGAGAGCAUGUUCGACUUCGCUGGUGACGUCCCUGGGCAGCACCCGGGCCCGCUGGACAAGCAAAUCAAGCAAGGCGAGAAGGGCAUCGCCAGCAUCAAGCAUGCGCGGUCGGAGGUCGGGGAGUUCCGCGAGAACAUCAAGGCGAGGAGGCUCGAAGACGAGGUGAAGAAGAACUUGGCGAGGAGCGAGGCGUCGACGGCGGCGUCCGGGACGUCCGCGGCGGGGUCGACGGCGUCCGACGAUGAUGGGCCGAAGGGCAAGAAGGCGAAGACUGGGGCCUCUGGCAAGUGCACGCUGGACGGCAAGGACGUGAAACCUGGCAAGAGAUACUGCGAGGAACACAACACGACUCACGAGUGCAUUCGGCGGAAGGCUUGCAAAGGAUUAAAUCUCAAGGCUGGCGAGUCCAACAAGCAGUGGGAUGCCUAUCAAACGCUCUUCGGAUGCAGGAAGCAUCCAGACAAAUAUCCUGGCGACGCUGAGGCUGCUGACAAGGUCGUCGCUGAGUACCACGCGAAGUACCCGCCGUGCGAGAAGGGCGUGAAGACUGGCAAAUCUCGUGGAGAGCUGGACCUUACGCAGUAUGCACAUGUCAAAGGUGCGUCCAAGCAUAAAGCAGACUUAUCGGAGCGGCCGAAGUGGGACAAGGAGAUCUUUUGCACGCAGUUGAGAAGCAUCCGGGGCUGGAUGCCUGCGAAGUGCGAGAAGCUAUGGGACGAGUUGGCAGCGAACCCCGAGAACCAUGCGGACAAUCUUGGGUAUGACCCGAAGGCGCCUUUGCGGCUGUUCGUCCCGCCGGCCCUCAUCGGCACUGACAAGGAGCAGUCUGGGGCCACGACGUACGAGGCGAAGGAGGUCAGGACGACGAGCAAGCAACAAAAGCACAUGGACGAAGAUGCGAAGGAGGCGCUGCUUGACGCCACCAAGAAGGGUUUCGGCACUCUUACUGGCGUGACAACGGCUCAAUUGAACACGGCCUCAUCGUUGCCCUCUGGAUCAGCAUCCGUUGCCGAGGUGGAGGAGCUGCUGUUGUCAGCAGUCGGCGAGACGCCAACGAAGUCCUCCGGCGCCUCCGCCGAUGCUGACGGCAAGGGCGACUCUCAGACCCCGGGUGGCGGCCAGUGCUUCGGCGACAGCGGAGGCGCGCCAGCGGGGUCUCCUGAUGCCAACAAGGGCAACGACGUCAGGGUUGCCAGGAAUGCGCUGGUCAGGAAAAUCAACACCAUGGAGUACGGCAAGAAGGAGGGGGCGAUCAAGAAGUUGAUCGGAGCCUGUGUCGAGGACCUCUGGGCCCACAAGUCCCGCUACGCCACGGAGGAGUACAAGGCGUUGCUGGAGCGCUUGGACCUGCUGCUUGCCAUCAUCGGCCAGGCGCGCAAGAUCAACAAGAACGGCGACGGCAGCGAGGACGACCCCAGGGAGUUCGUGGACAUCCAGGACCCGGGAGUGAAGCCUGACGACCCCCAGGCUUACGAGAAGCACCAGGCGACGGCGCAGAAUGUUCUGGACCACUUGGCACGUAUCAGCGACAUGCAGAUCACUGGUCUUGGAGACUUGCGCGUGGUGAGCUAUAAAGAUCAGCUGGUCAAGCAGACCCAGGAUUCGACUACGCAGGCUGGGCUCGCCAACGUCACCAAACUUCUCGAUGCCCAGAUGGCGCUGAUGACCAAUGUCAUGACCGGGUGCAAAGUUUGCCUGGCGGAUUUCAAGAAGGCAGUGAAGCUGAUGCAGAAAGAGGACGAGGUGCAGGCGCAGCUGGAGGAGUCGAGGCGCAAGGAGCGGGCUGAGAAGAGUUUGGCAGAUGAACGAGCGUCCCUGCAGACCGAGCGCUUCAAGAUUUCAGCUGCCGCUUUUCAUGGCGACUACGAGAAGAAUGGGCACAAGAAUAUCGUAUCGUUCCCCAGCGUGAAGUCCGCCAGGGCCUCGCUUGAGGCCAGCGGUGGCGUCCCCGAACCGUUCAUCGUGGAUUGCAAAGAGGUGUUCGCGGCGCCCAACAGUAUGACGAAGACGCAGGUGACCAUGACUCAGUGGGAGCCAGCGUUGAAGGCCAAGUGCACGAGAUCCAACAGCAUCUACGAGGAGGCCGCCAUGCAUCCGAAGAUGGGCUUGGACGAGGUGAAGAAGUUCAUGGACAUCUUCCCGCCCGCGGCGGUGCACGGCGACGACAUCCCUGACGACAUGAAGUCCUUCUUCGCUGCAGGACCGAUCUCUGUUCGGGCACAUUCCCAAUGGCAUCGCUGUCAACUUCACCGACAAGUUUGUCGGCUCGGUGAAGGUCGCCUGCGCUGGGAACGCUCUGGUCAUUGCCUGCCGCGCGAGUGA